AUGGUGGACCCGGUUCCUGAAGAGAAGGCGGGAGCCGAGCCCGACGGCUCAGGAGAGGGUGGAGCUGACGCGUCGUCGGUGCCCCCUGACGCGCACGUCGCCCAGCAGCCCGCGGCCUCCUCGACCUCCGCCUCAGCGGCGGUGCCCAGCAAGGCGGAAGACCCCUGCGUGGCAGGAGAAAGCGGACAGCGUGAGCAGUCCCCGCUGCUGCACCUCGACCUCUUCAACUUCGACUGUCCGGAGGCCGAGGGCAGCCGCUAUGUGCUGACCAGUCCCCGCUCGCUAGAAGCCUGUGCCCGGUGCGCCGUCAAGCCGGUGGAGCUGCUUCCACGGGCCCUGGCCGACCUGGUGCGUGAGGCCCCGGGCCGCUCCAUGCGGGUGGCCACCGGCCUGUACGAGGCCUACGAGGCGGAGCGGCGCGCCAAGCUGCAGCAGUGCCGGGCCGAGCGCGAGCGCAUCGUGCGCGAGGAGAAGCGGCGCCUCUUCACGCCGCUGGGCGCCGCCGCUGCCGCUGCCGCUACCGCGACUCCGAGCGCUGGCGCCGGCAGCAGCAGCAGCUGCAGCAGCGCCAGCCUCCCGGCCUCGCCCGCGCCACGCGCAGCCCGAAAAGCUUCCUCCAGCCCCUCCCCGGCCCGGACCCAACCGCCGCCCGCGGGCUCGCGGACAGGUAGAAAGAGCCACUCGCUAGACUCGCUGUCUCGCAGACGCGAGGGCGCCCUCAGCUCCGAAUCCGGCGCGUCGUCGUCGUCUUACAGUGGAGAGAGCCUGCGGGAGCUGCGCUGGCCGCCGCAGGCCUCGGCCAGGCACAGCUGCCCGGCCGGGUCGGCGUCCUCUGCCCCCAAUCCUCUGGGCCGCCCUUCCGUCCUUGCCUUGGUUCCGAUCACCGGCCGCAGCUUCAGCCUGGGCGACCUGAGCCAUUCGCCGCAGACGGCGCAGCACGUGGAGCGCAUCGUGCGGCAAGUGCGCGCCGAACGGGGCCUGCGCGGGGUACCCGAGCGCGACCGGAAGAUCGCCGCGCUUAUGCUGGCACGGUACCAGGAGGAGCGCCUGCUACUGAAGCAGCGCGCCGAGGCCCACGGGCAGUGGGAGCAGCAGCGCGUGUACGCCGAACAGCGGCGCGAGCGCGAGGAACGCGAGAAGCAGCGCGCCUUGGAGCUGGGUCGCCGGGCCUGGGCUGCGCAGGUGGAGGAGCGGCGCGGCCGCCGGGGACGCGAGGAGCGUGAGGCAGCACGGCGGCGGCAGAGGCAGUGCGAGCGAAGCGAGGAGCGGCGGCGGGAACUGGCUGAGCAUCAGGGCCUCCUGAGGCGGGAGCGGGCGGACCGCGCCGCUCGGGAGGACCGGCUGCGCAAACUGCAGCAGGAGCAGAACCUGAAGCAGCGGGAGGAGGGCCUGCAAGAAGGGCGCGAGCGGGCGGAGCAGGUCCGCAGGGAGCGCGCCCAGCGGGCAGCCCGCGCCAAGCAGCGGCAGGAGGGCCAGCUGCAGCGGGAAAAGAGGGAGCUAAGCCGGGCCGAGCGGGCGCGCCACGAAGCGUUGCUGCAGGGACGGGUCCGGCAGGAGAACGAGGAGCGGGAGGGCUUGCGGAGUUCCCUGGCGGCCAGCUUGGGCCGCGCACAAGAGAACUAUGAGCAGCUGGUGGAGCAGCGCACCCGGGUGCUGCGGGAGCGGGCCCGGCGGGACGAGCUGCAGAGCCGGCGGGCCAAAGAAGCGGCCGAGCGCAAAGAGAGGGAGCACCAAGCCCACGUGGAGGCGCUGGCCCGGGCGGGGGAGCGGCGGCAGCAGCACGCAGCACAGGUGGCAGAGGAGGCGGUGCAACAGAAGGCGCGGCGCGUGGGCCAGAGCCGGCUGGAGAAGGAGCGGGUCCAGCGCGCCAAUAAGGAGAAAGUGGAGAGGGACGAAGACUGCCGCCGGCGGGAGCUGCUCGAGGCCAUUGGACGCAAGCUGGAGCGCAGCGAGCAGCUCUCGCGGGAACGGCGCAGCGCGCUGGAGAGCGCACGUUCCACCGCCCGGGCCUCCUUCCACGUUCGCGAGAAGGUGCGCGAGGAGACCAACACGCGCUCCUUCGACCGGAUGGUGCGGGAGGCCCAGCUACACGCCAGCCUGGACCGCAAAUGA